AUGCCUCCAAGAAUCAAUCCCUGUUCCUAUCUGCCCCGACGGCUCCAGAUCGUGGCCUCCCUGACCCUCUUCGUCCUCUUCUGCAUCAUCUUCCUGGGCACGUCGAACACCGAUGACUUCGAUCCUAUGCUGGUCAGAGUACCGUACGGCCCGACGUUGCAAGAGGGGGUGCAUCAUGCAGUAUCGGAGGCGCAACAUGUCGUGGACCACAUCAAUCCCUUUGGCACGCCUGCGCAUUCUCCGCCCCCUGAGCAGGCGAACAGCAGCAGCGGCGAGGCGAGCUGGUACAGUGACUGGAAGUGGAAGAAUCCCUUCAGCAGCAGCGUAGUGUUGGAUGAGGAGAGGGCGGUGCUUCCGCCAUUGCAGAAUAGACCGCCAAUCUACGCAUAUUAUGACUUGUCUGCCCAACGGAAAGACGAGAAGAGCAGAAAAGCAGAGUCGGAUCUCUUACACAUCUGGCGGCGCGCUUGGUGGGCACAGGGCUUCAAGCCGGUUGUUCUCAGUAAAUCCGAGGCUAUGAACAAUCCGCUAUACCGCAUGGUGCAAAAGAUGGAGCUCGAUAGGGGGAUUGAAAACGAAUUGAUGCGAUGGUUGGCUUGGGGCAAUAUGGGUACGGGCAUUUUGUCCAAUUUCCUCGCACUCCCCAUGGCGCCGUAUGACGAUCCAAUGUUGAGUUUCUUGAGACGCGGCGAGUAUCCCGCAUUGACUCGAUAUGAAGGUCUUGGAAACGGUCUCUUCAUCGGGGCCAAGGAACAUGUUGAAGCAGCUGUCAAGGAGGCCGUCAAUUCGCCCGCCCUGCACCGUGUCAAGCUUAUCGAAGAAGCACUCCCUGCUGGGAUGAUGCAGUCCGACGCGAAGCACGAAGCAAUCGCAUACUACAGCGAUGCAGUCAUCAAAGCCAAGUACGCUCCGAUCAAAGAAAAGCUCGAGGAUUUGACGACUGUAGGGGACGGUCUGGCGAUGCUGCCGGACUUGAUCAACAGCCAUCUGCAUCAGACAUGGCAAAACACGUUCACGAAAGGCGUUGCCGUACUGAAGCCCAUGCCAGAGCACACCUCCGCGAUAGUCGAACCCGCACUUGCUAUCGCGCGUAACUUGACUGAGUGCGCCAUUAGCCCCAUGCCGGCAUCGUGUCCUCCCAAUCGCCCGAGCUGCAAACCGUGCGUCAGUACCUCGAUGAAGAUGAGUGUGCCAAAGGUGUUCAGGAACGACAGUGCACUCUUCACCAUCGGCACGAUGCCGCAUCCAUACACGAUACAGAGCGUGGUGAAGUCGACCGACCACCUGGACCUCAAAUUCAUCCGGAGGGAGACUCAGCGAGACAUAUGGAUCCAAGCGGCGACGAACGAGCUCAUUGGCACGGGACAAUCCUCGUUCGCCCGCCUGCCCGCCCUGAAAGACGCCGUUGCCUCUGAGUAUGGCAGUUCCAGAUCGUUGUGGCUCACCGCAGAAUGGCCGUACUCGCCAGAGAGCCCGAAGGAUCUCGAGGAGCUGGACUGGAUAUUCGGGUUCCAACUUCCGCGCGAAGCCAUGCCCUCCGGUGAGAGCGAAACACCUGUGCCAGGGCCGGAGAGGAGACCCAAGCCUGCGAAGCCGGAAUACGGCGAGGGACCCGUACCGACGGACUCGCAACUACAGAAAGAGGAAAGUCUCUUGGAGAAGGCCAAGAUGUUUAUCCAGAGCGCAGGGAAGCGUGGUAUGAAAGCAGCAGUUGAUACGAAGGAACAGAUUGAAGCAUGGAACCUGGCGGACACAGAAGCCUGGAAGUUCAUCCGGGCUUACAACGCCAGAAGGCGCAUCGAGCGGAGGCAGUGGGAGGAAGAGGAAGCGGUGUACCUGGGAAAGGGCGUGUUGAAUCGAUGGAUUGAUAAGAUAACAUAA